GAAAGAGUAAGAAAACUCCCUGCUGCAUAUUUUACCAACUGCCCCAGCUGAACGACCCCUUGGUUUUUGACACCCAAAUCCCAGAAUCGAUGCCGAGCCCCAAUGCCCAGCGCAGAAGGACGGUCCUCAUCCAUGCUCGGUAUAUUGACGACUUCCCGCUCAUGACGUUCCUCGUUCGUUUGUUCGGCGCCAACGAGUGUGAGGUUGAAUGGAAACGUGGAUACUACCAAUGUAUCCUCCCUCGUGGUCUCAAACCUGUAAGCACAGCACAGCUGGGACAGCCCCCCGGCGUUAUUAGCGCCUUGGUAGUUUCUCACCAAGCCCUGGGAUCUGACGGCGGCACUGUCUCCAGCGGGAACUCGAGGUCCUCAAACAAACGGUGGAUUACGAACGCUACCAGGAGAGAUGAGAACCCUAGAGCGGUCGCACUGGUGAACACCCACGAUCGAGGACCCAUACCAUACCACUGCCGCCGAGACAGCGGCGGAGAGCUGUCGUGA